AUGCAACUCAGCAAGUUUCUCGAUAAAGCUCGUAUUCAGGCUGAGGAGGUCGACUUCACGAUGCAGACGACGCAGAGGUCAUCAAGUGUCAGCCAGAUCUUCUCCCGGUACCUCCUUUGCCUGAAGGUCCGAGAAAAUGGGGCGCUGUUCAUCUGGCUGGGUACUGGAUUGCUGAGGCAUUUGGUCUUGUGCACGAUUACUUUCUUCUCCAAACCCAUUCUCAUCAUUCGCAGUCAGUAUCAGGUAGCUUCUACGGCGGUCGCCAGCGGUCUAUCGCCAGGUUCAACAAUUGGCGCGGUCUUUCUUGGGCACGUUUUAGUCUCUAUUGCAUGUGCAUGCAAUGGAUGGGUAGGCGCGACAUAUGGUAUCAAUUUUCCAACGUUUUCGAGGGCCUCUUUUGGUAUUCGAGGGACUGCUGUUGCUGUCAUUUGUCGUGCAGUCGCAGCCAUUGUUUGGUUCGGGACUCAGACUUAUCAAGGUGGCCAAUGCGUUGAAGUCAUGUUGCGCGCAAUCUGGCCUUCGUUCAAAACCUUCCCAAAUCACCUUCCUGCCUCUGCUCACGUCACGUCCUCCCAGAUGCUAUGCUUCUUUAUCUUUUACAUCAUUCAGUUGCCUCUUUUAUGGAUCCACAUCUCCAAGCUCCGUUAUCUCUUCAUGGUCAAGGUUGUUAUCAUGCCUAUCUUCGGCUUCACAUUGUUCGGUUGGGCCGUCGGCCGCGCUCACGGAUUCGGUCCGGUAUUCAGCCAAGGAACCAACACCACAACGACCCCUGCUGCGGUCCUGUUCUUUUCGGCGAUGACCUCGGCCAUUGCCCCAAAGGCUACACUCGCACUCAAUAUAUGCGAUUUCACACGCUAUGCCAAAAGCAGGCGCACCGUUGUAUGGACGAAUAUUUUCUCCUUGUCCAUCCCAGUUACACUUUGCGCUAUACUCGGAGUUGUAGUGACAUCUGCCGUUAAGGUCAUCUACGGUGUCACUACGUGGAACCCCUUGCAAGUAUGUGAACUCUGGAGUAGCCGUGCUGCGCAGUUUUUCGCCGCUUUUUGUUGGGCCUUGGCUGUUAUUGCGACGAACAUCUCCGCAAACUCCACUGCCGUUGGCAACGACCUCAUGAUCUUAUUCCCCGAGUACAUCAACAUUCGUCGCGGCCAAUACAUUUGCGCAAUUCUUGGUGUUGCCGCCUGUCCUUGGAUUGUCCAAAACUCGGCGAAGUCGUUCACUUCCUUCCUCGGUGGAUACAGCAUAUUCCUAGGUCCCGUUGCUGGGAUCUUGCUGUCGGACUACUUUAUCCUUCGUCAUCGGAACUUGGAAAUCCCAGCUCUCUACCGUCACGGGCGUGGCCAGUACUGGUAUACCUCCGGAUUUAAUUGGCGUGCAAUCUUAGCAUUUACUCUCGCGCUCAUUCCAAACCUGCCCGGGUUCGCCGGCAAGGUCAACUCCCACCUUCAUGUUCCUGUCGGUGCCACGUACCUCUUUUCCGUGGUCUGGCCUGUGGGAGUCGUAGUUGCUUCCGUGCUCUACCUCACAUUCAGCUUCUUCUUCCCUCCCUUGAUCGAGAGGAAAGAAGUCCAGACCACUUUUACAAGCCACGAUGAUAAUUUUGCGGAUGAGAAGGAUGAGAAAGAUACUUCUGCAAUUGUUCAUAUACAAGGGGUUUAGGUUAAUUCAGGAUCACGACAUCUUAUAUAGUAUUUAUUGUUUAUUAGAUAGUAUAGACUCACGAUAACAUGCUGAUGACUUAUUAUACAUUUUCUUU